AUGCCCCGUGCCUCCUACUUCAUGUCUUUGCUGCUAUUGCUGCUGCUAUUCUCACUUCCCCAUACCAGGACUGCAUUUCCACAGGACCCCCUCCCUCUGUUGACCUCUGACCUACAGGGCUCUUCCCCUUUUUCCUGGUUCCGGGGCCUGGAGGACGAUGCUGUGGCUGCAGAACUUGGGCUGGACUUUCAGAGAUUCCUGACCUUGAACCGGACCUUGCUAGUGGCUGCCCGGGAUCAUGUUUUCUCCUUCGAUCUUCAAGCCCAAGAAGAAGGAGAGGGGCUGGUACCCAGCAAGUAUCUAACAUGGAGGAGCCAAGACGUGGAGAACUGUGCUGUCCGGGGGAAGCUGACGGAUGAGUGCUACAACUACAUUCGUGUUCUUGUUCCCUGGGACUCCCAGACACUACUUGCCUGUGGAACAAACUCAUUCAGCCCCGUGUGCCGCAUCUAUGGGAUAACUUCGCUGCAGCAGGAGGGUGAAGAGCUGAGCGGGCAGGCUCGAUGCCCCUUUGAUGCCACCCAGUCCAACGUGGCCAUCUUUGCAGAGGGAAGUCUGUAUUCAGCAACAGCCGCAGACUUCCAGGCCAGUGAUGCUGUAGUUUACCGAAGCCUUGGGCCUCAGCCCCCACUCCGCUCCGCCAAGUAUGACUCCAAGUGGCUUCGAGAGCCACACUUUGUCCAUGCCUUGGAGCAUGGAGACCAUGUCUACUUCUUCUUCCGAGAGGUCUCUGUCGAGGACGCCCGGCUGGGCAGGGUGCAGUUCUCCCGCGUUGCCCGAGUCUGUAAACGUGACAUGGGUGGCUCACCUCGGGCCUUGGACCGCCAUUGGACGUCCUUCCUAAAGCUGCGGCUUAACUGCUCUGUCCCUGGAGACUCUACCUUCUACUUUGAUGUCUUACAGGCCUUGACCGGGCCUGUGAAUCUUCAUGGCCGUUCUGCCCUCUUUGGGGUCUUCACCACGCAGACCAAUAGCAUCCCUGGGUCUGCAGUCUGUGCCUUCUAUUUGGAUGAUAUUGAGCGUGGAUUUGAGGGCAAGUUCAAGGAGCAGAGGAGUCUGGAUGGGGCCUGGACCCCUGUAUCUGAGGACAGGGUCCCCUCACCCAGGCCGGGGUCCUGUGCAGGAGUAGGGGGAGCUGCCUUGUUCUCUUCUUCUCGAGACCUCCCUGAUGAUGUCCUGACCUUCAUCAAGGCUCACCCACUGCUGGAUCCCGCUGUGCCAGCUGCCACCCAUCAGCCUCUUCUCACUCUCACUAGCAGGGCCCUACUGACCCAGGUAGCUGUGGAUGGCAUGGCUGGUCCCCACAGUAACAGCACAGUCAUGUUCCUUGGCUCCAACGAUGGGACAGUGCUGAAGGUGCUGCCCCCAGGUGGGCGACCUGGGGGGCCUGAACCCAUCCUAUUGGAAGAAAUUGAUGCCUACAGCCCCUCUAGGUGCAGUGGGAAACGGGCAGCCCAAACAGCACGACAGAUCAUAGGGCUGGAGCUGGACACUGAGAGUCACAGGCUCUUUGUGGCUUUCUCUGGUUGUAUCGUCUACCUCCCUCUCAGCCGAUGUGGCCGGCAUGGGGCCUGUCAGAGGAGCUGUUUGGCCUCUCAGGACCCAUAUUGUGGCUGGCAUAGUUCCAGAGGCUGUGUGGAUAUCAGGAGACCUGGUGGGACUGAUAUGGAUCUGGCUGGGAACCAGGAAUCUAUGGAUCACGGUAACUGCCAAGAUGGAGCUACUGGGAGUCAGUCUGGCCACGGGGAUUCUGCCUAUGUGCUUCUGGGUCCUGGCCCUUCCCCUGGGACCCCCAGUGCCCCCAGUGAUGCCCACCCCUGGCCCCAGUCUUCCACUCUUGGAGCUCAUACUCAGGGCGUGCGCCAGGACCUGUCCCCAGCCUUUGCCUCCCGCUCAGUACCCAUCCCACUCCUCCUGGCCUGUAUGGCAGCGGCCUUCGCCCUGGGGGCCUCCGUCUCAGGCCUCCUGGUUUCCUGUGCUUGUCGCCGCGCCCACCGACACCGGGGCAAGGACAUCGAGACCCCGGGGCUGCCGCGCCCUCUCUCCCUUCGUAGCUUGGCCCGACUGCAUGGUGGGGGCCCGGAGCUCCCGCCACCGUCCAAGGAGGGAGAAGCAUCAUCGCCGCAGCUCUACACCACUUUCCUGCCUCCCCCUGAGGGCGCACCCCCGCCAGAGCUGGCUUGCCUGCCCACCCCGGAGUCCACCCCGGAGCUGCCGGUCAAGCACCUGCGCAUCGCCAGGGGUCCCUGGGAGUGGAACCAGAAUGGGAACAACGCCAAGGAGGGCUCAGGCCGCUCGGGGGGCGGCCUUGCACCCCGCGUGCUGGUGAGGCCACCUCCCCCUGGCUGCCCCAGGCAAGCAGUGGAAGUCACCACUCUGGAGGAACUGUUACGCUACUUGCACGGCCCACAGCCGCCCAGGAAGGGCCCCGAGCCUCCGGCUGUGUCGGCCCCGCGGGAGCCGGCCUCCAGCCCCGUCUGCUUCCCCGCCAGCCCUCUGCCCCGGGAGUGUGCAGCGCCCCUGAGGCUGGACGUGCCGCCGGAGGGGACGUGCCCGGCUGCUCACGCCCGGCCCGCGCGCUCAGCCUCCGCUCCCCGGCUGGGGGUGGGGGGCAGCCGGAGGUUGCCCUUCCCCACGCACCGCGCGCCCCCCGCCCUGCUCACUCGCGUUCCCUCGGAAGGCUCUUCCAGGUACUCCGGGGGUCCUGGCAGGCACCUCCUGUACCCAGGCCGGGCCGAGGGGUACCGGGGCCGCGCCCUCAAGAGGGUGGACAUCGAGAAGCCGCCGCUCGUCGGGCCCUCUUCCCGUUCCGCUGUCCCUAGCGGCAGCCAUUUCAACCUCUAAGGGAGCUGCCCCACAGCCUGGAUGGCGGCCACGGACACUUCUCCCAGGACAAGACACCUCCCCCUCUAUACUGCACCUCCAGCCUUCCUGGACUCUGAGAGUCUCCUGAGGCCCCUUUUUGUCUCGGGUUUAUUUAUUGACUAUUGUCUGUCCCCUGCCCUCACGAGAGAGGAGUGGGAGGCGAGUAUAGUAGCUCGUCCCCUCGGUGAGCCAGCAUUUCGGGGGGGCAGGGAGCUGGCAGCUCCCGCUCCCCGCUCCCUUCCAGCCAAGCUGCCUUAACUCGCCCCUCCGGGCUUCCUCACAGUCUGGGCCCCAGGCGGGCCGCAUGGCGCCGGCCGCGCGCUGUGCAGAGUUCCCUGUCUCUGGGCCCGGGACGUGCCGCCUCCUACUGUGUAGGAGC